ACCUAAUCUUUUCCAUUCAUUAUUAGACCGGAAAAUGCCGAAGGUAGUGGUGGUUUGCACCAUUUUGGCCAUUGUCUUCAUCCUAUUAAUUUUCUUGUCAGAAAAUAUAAAAUCUAGUGGAAAAGAUUACCGCCCAAGCGGCGGCCUAAUUCGACGUUUGGGACUGAAAACUCCUAUCCCAGUUUUUGACCCUCUUGUUGCAGAAAUGGAAAGAAUGGGAGAAGAAAAGAAGGGAAAAAGAAAAGGAUUAGAGAAGGAUAAAAAAUAUUUUUAUGAUGAUGGGAGUUUGAAUAUAGACCUAAGGUUGAUGGUUUUGUUUCCACUUUUGGAUAGGGAACCUAAAGAUGGGUUUGUUGAUGCUAAGGAGCUUGAAGCUUGGAUUGUAUAUCAGGCGUUUGAUCGAAUGCAUCAUAUAACAAAAAGGGAGUUGGAAUCACGCGAUGAGGAUGGAGAUGGAGCUAUUUCAUUCUCGGAGUACUUACCUCGAUUCUCUAAAGAAGAUAUAGAGAGGAAUGACAUGAAACAUGGGGAAGCAGGAUGGUGGAUGGAACAAUUCAGAAAUGCCGAUGCUGAUAGGAAUGGAACUCUCAACAUUUACGAGUUUCAAGAUUUCUUGCAUCCAGAGGACAGUCGAAAUGAACAGAUAAAAAGAUGGCUGUUAAGAGACAAGAUAAGGCAGAUGGAUUACGAUAACGAUCAGAAACUUAGCUUGGAGGAGUUCGAGGCAGGAGCUUAUGAUUCAUACAGGACUUGUGUUGAAUUUGAAACGGGAUGGGAAGAAUAUCAUUCACCUGAAGCGUUAUUCAACAAACUUGACAUCGAUAAAGACAAAUUUCUGAGAGUGGAAGAAUUGAAACCUAUGAUUCAGUACCUGAAUCCUGGUGAACUGACCUAUGCCAAAUAUUACUCAAGCUAUCUAAUGCACGAGGCUGACGAUAACCAAGAUGGAAAAUUGACGCUCGAUGAGAUGCUUAAUCACGACCAUACGUUCUACAACACAGUUUAUGAUAACGGAAGAUAUGGUUCUGAAGAUGAUGGCUUCCAUGAUGAACUCUGAUGCAACAAAUUGUUUGACUUCCUUGCAUAUCUGGCUGAAAACGAAUUAGAAGGGUUGAAAAAAUCUCUCAUCGUAAGAUCCAGCAUUCGUGCGGAUGCUAGGAUCAUUUCUGCAAUCUGUUUCAUUACGACAUGAAUAUGAAGCAUCAGAGAUUUGGCCUCAAGGAAAAUUUUGUUUCUUUAUCCUGUGUAUUAUUUAGUGUUUUAAAUCUCUUAACCAGGGACAUAAAUAUAAAAUGUAUCGAAAAAAUCAAUCAUGAGCUCUAA